GGUUUGUUUUGUUAAUAUUUGGCAUUCAGCCAGAGACUUUGCUCAGUUCGCCUGAGCCUAUCCCCUUUAUGCGCAGUCACUAGCUCUCUGUACUGAAGAUCAAACAUCAAGGCCUGACUAACAGGAUUAUUUGCUUAAUUGGGAAAUAAACAGGAAAUCGUUCGUUCAUUUUAAGGCAACUUGAAAACGACAAGGUGAAAAUGUCAGACGGACUUUCUUCUAAGGCCUUAAAGGUGAAAAGGGAAAUGGGGGAGAACAUGCCAAUGCUCUCUGAUGAUGAGUUGAUGUCCAUGUCAGUUCGUGAGCUAAACCACCACUUGCGUGGCUUGUCCAAGGAAGAGGUAGUGAGACUAAAGCAGAGGAGAAGGACCCUGAAAAAUCGGGGUUAUGCUGCAAGCUGCCGCGUCAAACGUGUUUCACAAAAGGAGGAGCUAGAGAAGCAAAAAAAUGACCUGCAACAGGAAGUCGAUAAACUAGCGCAGGAGAACUCCACCAUUAAACUGGAGCUGGAUGCACUGAGAGCCAAGUACGAGUCUCUGCAAAACUUUGCUCACUCAGUGUCCCGGGGAGCGAUCACUCCAGCUAAAGUGGCCGCCACGAGUGUUAUCACCAUCGUCAAGUCUUCAGGAAAUUCUUACUCUUAACAGAAGACAAGCUGUUCAUCUAUCCCUAUUCCCAUCUCACCUCAUCAAAAACUUACAACAACAUAGCAGAUUUCACAAACGGCAGCCUUACAAAGCUGGGCAUUGAUACGGGGCCUCUAUAACUUGCCGUUAAAGGUUUUCUCUUGCCAUAUGGAAACUGCAGAUUGGAUCUGUCCCACUGUCAUUACUGUGAGGCAGAUGGUAUAGAAUUGUGGUGCAAUAGCUCCAAGUUACUAAUGCAAAGUCAUGAAUGUAAAGGGAAUGAUUGAGGAUCUCAAUUGUAUGUUUUCGUGCAUGUAGUGGGUAUGUUACGACCAACAUAACCAGAAAGAUUACUUUAUGGUAUUGAAAUAUGAUAGAAGGGCACUGAAACGCUGAGUACUGCUAACCAAUAGCAGAUUUGAAAGUCACAUGUUUCAGGUAGAGCAUUAGUAGCUUUACUAAUGUGGAGCUGUGUUUGCUACACAUUCUGCGUCCAAUAACAAUAUCAGCACUUGCCCCAAUGAAGCCUGGUACCAGUGGAACACACAUCCAAAAGGAUGGAUAGCCGGAUGGGUCAUGUUGAGAACAGAUGGAUGAGGCUGGUGGGAGUUGUUCUGUAAUAGCAGUAAGGUUACGUGGAACCUAACAUUAAGGUAUUCAUGUUUAAAUGUUGAAUACUUUAAAUAGGCUCCCAGUCUGAAUAUUUUGGGGAUGAGUUGAGAUGGAAUGAUGGAAUUGAGAAAGUAGAAUAUUGAUUUCAAGGAUCAGUAAGUGUUGAAGGACAAAUGAAAAGUAUACGAUUUUUAUUUAUUUUAUGAAUGUGCAAGUUUCUUGUCCGCAUACCACCAAUUAAUAUUUAAUAUUUGUGCGAUAAACACUGUACAAAUACCUCACAACAUUUCAAUUG